CGGAAACGCCAGUGAUAUUUAUAUAUAUGCGUGUAUAUGCCGACCGCAGAUCAAUCAAACUCCAUCCAGCAUCUAUGCUCCCCUCCGAAAACAGGUGUCAAAAAACCCAAAAAAAGAAUACAUGAGUACUAAGCUUGUCCCAAUGCUUGAUGCUGCCUCAAAUGUUUGUAAAAGCCGCCCUUUUGCCUCCUCCUACCGACACACAGCCGCGACACCUAUGCGCAGGGUCGAAACCGACAAGAAGAAAAAAAAAUAUUACCCGAAUAUAAAUGUUAAACCGAUGCGGAACCCAGCCCACCGCAGUCGAAGCGAAUAAGAUGUAAAAAUAUACAGGUGCAGUGAUAAAGGGCGAGAAAAAAGGAAAUAACGUGUCCUCCAUUUAAUCAUGCAAUUAUAGGAUGUUUGCGAGACCUCAUAUUUGCUGUCCGUCUUCCACCAG